CGGUGGCGAGUGCUCGUGUCGGCGGCCGCUCAGGUUAGGCGGUCUGGCGCGCGCGGCGCAUGGCGCUGCUGUACCGCGCGACGCGGCUGCGGGACCGCGCCGACACGCACGUGUUCACGUUCGUCGUGACGCGCUCCGCCACGCGCGAGCCCGACCGCGACGUCACCUCCAAGGAGUUCUACUGCGCCUACCAGCGCUGGGCCGUCGCCUUCAACCGCAGCGACACCUCCCUGGGGGUAUAUUUAGUAUGGCGAAGCGUAUGCGAGGGUAUGCGCGUGUACGUGGACUUCACGUUCACGCUGCUCAGCCGCGACCACUUCACCGCUAACGAGGCGUUCUCCGGCAAGCAAGUGCGGUUCUACUCCGGCGGGGCGGCGCAGGGCCGCGGCCGCUGCGUCACGCUCACCGAGCUCAAGAAGUUCGCGGACGCGCGCGGCGAAUUCCAGCUUGAGCUGAGCAUCUCGCGCGUGCGCACGCUGUACUCGUGCGAGCUGCGCGCGCCGCGCCUCGACACGCCGCCCAUCGCCUUCGGCGGCUUCGACUGGGCCGUGUCCGUCGCCGGCGGCGCCAGCAAGGAGCCGCUCGCCCUGCGCCUCGUGCGUCUCUCCGGCGAGGGGCAGCGAUGCCGCGUCCGCUACGCGCUCGCUCUCGGCGAGGGCGAGCGGCGCAUCCACUCGGGGCCGCUGGAGUGCAUCUGUGACGCGGAGGGCCGGACGCCACCGUGGACGCCGCGCCCGCCGGGCCGCCUGCCGCACAAGGGGUUCCGCGUGACGCUCGAGUUCGUGUGGGCGCGGCCGCUGGCGGAGCUGGCGGUGCCGGUGCUGGGGCGCGGCGCCACGUGCUACGACCGCGACAAGCAGGCGUGGGUGCUGCGCUGCGACACGCACUCGGAGACGGUGCGCCUGCACAUGCUGUACCGGGACGUAAACAACGUGCCGCGCAACCACAUCCGCUACGUAAGCUGGUCGGCGUGGCUGGUGCGCGCGGGCGCGGCUCCGGGCGAGCCGGACGCGGAGGAGCUGCCGGGCUCGCCGUUCGAGCACUACUACGCGCAGGAGAGCGCCGACGAGGGCCUGAUGAUGGAGACGGCGCUGCGCGUUGAGGAGGUGUCGCGCGCCGGCUGCGUCUGGCAGCACGCCGGCGAGCUGCGCGUGCGCCUCGAGUGGAACGACACCUACAUGCUGUUCCAGGCGACCUACCACGUGUACGAUGACCUGUGCCGGCUGCACGUUCAUCAAAUGAGACGCGAGAUCGCAGCGCUGCAGGCGGAGAACUACGCGCUGGAGCGGCAGCUGUUCAGCUACCAGAAGAGCCUGGCGUACGCGCAAGCGCAGGCGGGCUCGCCGGCCGCCAGCGGGCGCCGCUCGCCGGCCGAGCGCUCGCUGUCCACCGACACGGAGUACGCGUAGCCGCCCUAGCUCCUCUAUCUCUCGACUGAUUCUGACGUUUUUGAACGAUUUAUCUAUUUUUCUAAACAUUUUUAGACGAGGCGUAUCCUCGUAAGCCGCUUUUCGUCGGUCGCCUGCUCUCUCGUCGCUCGGAUCUAUCGAUAGCUGAUUAUUAUAUUCGAUAACUUUUCUAUUAAUCUGUACAUAAAAUAUAUUUAGAUAUAAAAUAUUAUGUAUAUUUCUUAAACUUGAAACUCGAAUUCAUA